AGGGGCCUGGGUUGGCGGGUCGGCCGGCCGGGCGUCGGUCGGAAGAGGCGAUGGACCAGUGCGUGACGGUGGAGCGCGAGCUGGAGAAGGUGCUGCAGAAGUUCUCGGGCUACGGGCAGCUGUGCGAGCGGAGCCUGGAGGAGCUGAUCCAGUACGUGGCGGGGCUGCGCCGGGAGAUCCUCCAGAGCGAGAAUCAAGAUGGAGAUCUGUCGGGGACGAUAUCACUUGUUAUGACCCAGUGCUGCAAGCGAAUAAAGGACACCGUUCAGAAAUUGGCCUCAGAUCAUAAAGACAUUCACAGUAGUGUUUCCCGUGUUGGGAAAGCUAUUGACAAGAAUUUUGACUCUGACAUCAGCAGUGUGGGAAUAGAUGGAUGCUGGCAGGCUGAUAGCCAGCGGAUUCUGAAUGAGGUGAUGGUAGAACACUUUUUCCGGCAAGGAAUGCUAGAUGUAGCUGAGGAACUUUGCCAGGAGUCUGGACUUUCGAUAGACCAAAGUCAAAAGCAGCCGUUUGUGGAGCUCAACCGAAUAUUGGAAGCACUUAAAGUUAGAGUUUUGAGACCUGCGUUAGAGUGGGCUGUAUCAAACAGAGAAAUGCUUAUGGCACAGAACAGCUCUUUAGAAUUUAAGCUACACAGAUUAUAUUUUAUUAGUUUAUUAAUGGGCGGAACUACAAACCAGAGAGAAGCGUUGCAAUACGCUAAAAACUUUCAGCCAUUUGCUCUAAACCAUCAGAAAGAAGUCUCUGUGUUUAAUGGGAAGCUUAGUGUACCGAGGCAAGGAAUCGAAAAUUCUCCCUAUGUCCAUUUGCUGGAUGCAAAUCAGUGGGCGGACAUCUGCGACAUCUUUACAAGGGAUGCCUGCGCUCUGCUGGGACUCUCGGUUGAAUCGCCUCUUAGCGUUAGCUUUUCAGCAGGUUGUGUCGCAUUGCCAGCCCUAAUUAAUAUAAAAGCUGUGAUUGAACAGAGACAGUGUACUGGGGUUUGGAAUCAGAAAGAUGAACUACCGAUCGAAGUGGACCUUGGUAAAAAGUGUUGGUAUCAUUCAAUAUUUGCCUGUCCCAUCCUUCGUCAGCAAACAACAGACAAUAACCCACCUAUGAAGUUGGUUUGCGGUCAUAUUAUAUCGAGAGAUGCUCUAAAUAAAAUGUUUAAUGGCAGCAAAUUAAAAUGUCCCUAUUGUCCCAUGGAACAGAGCCCUGGAGAUGCCAAACAGAUAUUCUUCUGAGGACACAAUUUGCUAUGUAGUUUUAUCUGUGUGUUUUGGAAGACUGAAGCAGGCAAAUGCUCCAUUUUAUGCUGUACAGGCCGAGGAGGACUCCCAAGUUUUGUAUAAGCCUCAUGCUCCAGAAAUUUUUGCCACAUUUAGUGCAGACAUACAGAUUGGAAAAAAAAUCUGCAGAAGUAAUAUCUGUUAUAGGGCUUCUACUCUUAACCUUGGUCUCCAUAUCUGAUCAAGAUACGACACCAGCAGUUGUCAUUCAAUGCAGGUUUUUGUACUUAAUUGUAUGGUGUCUUCUCUUUUUAAAAGCAGACAUCAACCACAAGCAUCAUAUAGGCCUAAUAUUUGCCCUGCUUUUAUCACCCUGUUAGAUGAACGUCGCCAUAAAGAAUGUGUGAGGAAAGUUUUUAUUUCCUUAGUGUGUAAAUAAUUAAAAGAGAACUUUGGAAAAAGGUUUGAUAAAUUGAAUAGUGGUUAUAGACAUACCUGUAUUUCUGUUCUUACUGGUUUAUCCCAACCCAAAGCUGUGAUAUUUUUUUUGUUGAGCGUUUUUCCCCCCUUCCAGCUUUUAAAACAGAACUCCAAAUGAAUGUGCUUAUAUAAUAUAUAUAAACUACACGAAUAUAUAACAGAGUUCAAAACCAUUUCUGAUUUAGAAAUCACUUCUGAUUUCCUGACUGAGAGCUCUUUGUGUAGCUGCGAGUAUUCAAUAAAUGUAACUCUGGACUGGAAAGAAGCGUUUGUCAAUGGAUACUUGCUCUCCAGCUUUUUUUAGUCUUAUAACCUAAGCUUUGUACUUUACGUCAGUGUCAUGUUGCUGUACAGUUUACUAGACAUGAUAAGCUACAUUAUUUAUAAAGUUAUCAGAACCAAAUAAACUGUUGACAAUGUU